AUGGACGUGGACAAGCUCUUCAAGCUUCCGUCUCUGCCCUCAGCUGCUGUGACCAAGCGAAAGUGGACUGCGCCCACGCCGGGCGAAGCGUCUUCCUCUGGCACAGACGUUAGUCCGUCUGAACAAGCACCUGUGCGUCCACACAAAGCAGCUCGUGUAGAAAACGAAGGUGACGACGACCAAGCUGCUGCUGCUGAGGACGAGACCCAGUUUUUCUCCGACGACGACCAGGAAGACACCCGAUUCUUUGGUGGUGGUCUCACCGAUGAACAAAAGCAAAUCCUCGAUAUCAUCGACUCUGCCGAUACAUCCUCGACCGCUUUUGCACCCACGUCUACGUCGUCCGCUCACGACGUUCCAUCACUUCGCAAGCAGCUACUCCGCUUCGAACGUGCCAUCAACAAGAAUGCUGAGAUGCGCGUAAAACACGCGUCCGAUCCGACGCGCUUCAUCGAGUCGGAAGCAGACCUGGAUGCCGAGCUUAAAUCCUUGCUGGUCCUCACGACGCAACCGUUACAGUUCUACCCAGAGUUCAUCAAACUCGGAGGCGUGGCUAGCGUCGUAGCACUGUUAAGCCACGACAACGCCGAUAUCGCAGCGGCGGCGAUCGAGGUGAUCGAGGAGUUGACGGACGAGGAUGUGUUGGACCAGGUCAACGUGGAAGAGGAUGAUGGCGAACAAGCAGAGAGAGGGCUCAAGGUGAUGAGCGAACUGGUGGAAGCGUUGCUGGAACAAAGUGUGCUAGAUUUGCUCGUAUCGAAUCUGUCUCGAUUCAUCGACCAUGUGGAUCUGAAUCUGGAGCAAGAGCAAGCAGCGACGCAGGCGAUUCAAGCGGAAAGCGAUGCACAAGCGAUCUAUCAUACGUUGGGGGUGGUGGAAAACCUUGUGACGACUCGACCUGCAUUGGCGGAGCGACUGGUGUCGGAAACGUCGUUUCUGGAAUGGAUCUUGGCACGGCUGGCUGCGAAACGCGCAGUGGAUCAGAACACAAGCUACGCAGCUGAAUUGCUGGCUAUUCUGCUACAGAACUCGGAGCCGAAUCGAAGCGCGCUCGCAGCUACAACGAUCAGUAGUGAUCCAGGUCGAGAAAAUGGGAUCGAUGUCUUGCUCGGCGUCGCGGCACGAUAUCGACGCACUUCGCCGUCGAGCGGGGAGGAGCAAGAGUGGGUCGAGAACGUGUUCGACUGUCUGUGUCUAGCGCUGCUGCAGGCGGAGAACAAGUGGGUGUUUGUGCAAGCAGAGGGGGUGGAAUUGAUGGUGUUGAUGAUGAAGGAGAAAAAGUCAUUCGGGAGGGUUCGAGCUGUCAAAGUAUUAGACCAUGCCACAUCGGGGGCGCAGGGUAGUGGAGCAUGUCUACGCAUCGUAGAGGCUCAAGGACUAUCGGCGCUGUUUAGCGUAUUUCUGGAAUGUAACUCGGCUUCUCGAAAGAGAUCCGGAAGCACAGCGACGCUGCAAGAUGCCGAGCAUGUGCUUGGGGUGAUGAGUUCGCUGCUGACGCAUCUCGCCAGCGACUCGAUUGCACGCAUCCGUCUACUGGCCAAAUUUGUCUAUCACAACUAUACCCACGUGGACCACCUACUGGAUCUGCGCGAAACCCUCAGUGCGCAACUCGACACUCUGCCACCGCUCUCGACGGACCGCGACGAGGAUGCGUACCAACAGCUCUACCUAGAACACCUCGAACAUGGACUUUACAGCUUACAGCUUCUAGACACCAUCCUCGCGUGGCUAGUCAUGGAGGACGACGCCUGCAAAGACCACAUCAGCGUCCUGCUCAAGCGCGCCAGACUCGAUUUUGCUCAUCUCGCAACCACGCUCAGAGUGUACCGGGAAAACGUCGGUGAUCAGGUGGCCAUCGAAGCCGACCAAUCCAACCAAGACGCGCUCAAGACAAAAGACAUCUUGGACGCUCUCAUCGCAUACCUCGAGUCGCUAUAG